GGAAGUAGACGCGGGGGUGGUGGGUGGUGCCCAGGGGAGGAGCUGUCGGUGGGCGUGGUCGCGUUGUAAGACGUCACUCGACGGGGCGUGGCUGCAAUAACGUCUCUUCAGAAUUUUAGACGGAUGUGAAGGAGGCGGCUGCUGCUGGAUCUACGGCUGCUUCAUUUUCAUCAUCGACUUUCGAGCAGGUUCUGUCGAAGCCAUCCACUCGAAAAUCUUUACGAGAGACACCGAGAUAUUUACGGAGCACAACAACGCUACUCUCAGAAUUAGCGCCAUGACAAGUCGAGCUGGACCGAGUGGGAGGCAGCCUCCGUCUAUCACCACGUGGAGCGCGUUCACCUCCGGCACCGGAUUAAUCCGCAGCAAAUCACCCAAAGCGAUCCUGAGUCUCUUCAAGCCUCACUUGACUGAGCGCCAGAAGCUGGAGCUGGCCACCAUGCAGGAAGUUUGGUUCUUCACUCUGGACGGGGAAGGAAGCUCACGAGGGGGAGUGAAGAACGGAGAAUUUGACGACGACGACAACAACUACAUCCUUGUCCAGAACGAGCACUUCUACUACCGCUUCCAGCUGGACAGGAAGAUUGGGCAGGGUGGGCAGAGCGUGGUGGUGAGGUGUCUGGACCACAAGACUCGGACGAUGGUGGCUCUCAAGAUCCUCGCCUCGCCCUCCACCUCCAGGGAAGAAAAGCACCAGAGAACGGAGCUGCUAAUGUCCAUGGAGCUCCAGAGCGACCGUAGCAACGUGGACUACAACGUAGUCAGGGUCCUGGAGACUUUCUACUUUCGAGGCCACAAAUGCCUUGUCAUGGAGCUGUUGAAGGCGAAACUCCAUUGCGUGCUCAGACAGAUGACGCUGUGGCAAAGUCACGAGGAUGCGGUGAGGUCGUACACUAGGGCCAUCCUCCACUUCCUGGCCCACACCAAGUCCCGGGGCAUCGUACACGGUGACAUCAAGCCCGUGAGUGGAGUGCAUGCUGUGUAAUGGUGUCUGUGUGUAUGGGUGUCUGUGUGUGUGGGUGUAUAUGUGUGUGGGUGUCUGUGUGUGAGUGUGUGGGUGUCUGUGUGUGGGUGUGUCUGUGUGUGUGGGUGAGUACACGGCAAAACAACCCGCUAACUCCUCGCAGUGCCGGAUGGGCAACUCUGUCGUGGACAGUGCUGUGGGGGGAGGGCCAAUUCCGAUUGGCUACUCCCCUCAUGGCG